CGGAUAUUCUCACAGUCGAGUGUUUUAGGUAGAGAGAAAGAGGCAGCGCACAAAGAUGAUGUCUUUGAGAGUCAAUUCACCAAUCUCAUCUUCAACUUUCUCACAUCUUCUCCUCCAUAAACCCAAACCCAUCUUCCCACUCUCUCUAAUCUCAAAACCCUUUUCUCAAACAAGAAAAUUCUCCAUCAAAAUGUCUUCUUCAACUCAAACAAUAGAACACAUAGUCCUUUUCAAAGUCAAUGAAAAGACAGAACCCACAAAGAUCAACACAAUGCUUAAUCGCCUAAACAAUCUGAUUUCAUUAGAUCAAGUCCUAUACUUAUCAGCAGGACCCAUUUUCAGAAACAAAUCAGCUUCAUCUUCAUACAAUUUCACUCAUCUGUUACACAGUAGGUACAAAUCCAAAGAAGAUUUGAAUGGUUAUGGUGUUCACCCAGAUCAUCAAUCUGUUGUUAAAGAGAAUGUUUUGCCAAUCUGUGAUGAAAUCAUGGCUGUUGAUUGGGUUUCUAAUCUUGAAAAUGGGUCUUCUUCUUUGGUGGUUAAACCUGGAUCUGCAAUGAAAAUUACAUUCUUGAAAUUGAAAGAGGGUUUAGGUGAGACUGAAAAAGGGGUUGUUUUGAAUACUAUUAGUGGGAUUAAAAAUGGGGUUGGAAAGGAUUUUAUUGAACAGAUUAGUUUUGGUGAGAAUUUUUCUCCCAGAGCUAAAGGGUUUACUAUUGGGUCUAUUGCUGUGUGUGGUGGAGUGGAGGAGUUGGAUAAGUUGGAUUUGAAUCAAGAGGGUGUGGAGAAAGAGAAGGAAAAGGUUAGAGAUUUGUUGGAUGGUGUUAUUGUUUUGGAUUAUGUUGUUCCUAAUUCACUGUCUACUGCUAAUCUUUGAAUGGUAAUGGUGAGGUGUUAGUAAUAAAGUUACAAUCUUUGGACUUGAAAUGUUGCAUGGAUUGAACAAUUUGAGAAAUGGGUUUAUGAGAAUUAUCAAUUUGAGUACUUGCUUUUUAUGUUACGAAAUCAGGGUAUUAGUAAUUGUUGCUUAGUUUUUUCUUGUGACAUUUGAACUUUUUAAUGCAUGUUGUUCUGA